AUGCUGAUAACAGUUUCAGAUCGACCUCAGAAUCAUAUACACGAAUUCAUGAUUGACGCUUUGCUUGGGCAGUUUCAGUGUCUCGAGAUUGAACAACGGUUUGACGUUGAAACCGGAAAGUUUCAAAAGAAUUUCUUCUUCAACGGAAACAUUAUUAAGUCAUGGACUUUACGACAGGGAGAUGUAUUCACUGGCCCUCUUCAAGUUUUUAUUUCUGAUAAAUGGCAUCAUACAGCCGAAUUAUUUUCUGUUGUGAAUUUCAUUUACGAGUCUUUAUAA